UUGCUUAAGAUGGUUGUUUUUGACCUUUUUAAUUCUAUUAUAUACUUAGCCAUGUGCAAUGUCAUGGUAUCAGUGAUCAGUGUUUUCUCAUAAGGAGUUCCUUUUUCAAAUGCAUUUAUUAUUGUCGUUUGCUUCAGCCCUGUUUCUAUUUCUGGCUGUGGUGCUGUUACACUCAUGUGCUCUCUGUGUGAUCUGGAUUUCAGCACACACUCUUUAGGGUGCUUUCUUUGUGGUUAAACAAAUUCAUCAUGUUUCCUCAAUAUGCCAAUCUUGCCAUAGCAUGUUUUGUUUUCACCGUGUCUGUUCUGUAAAUUCCAGCAGUUCCAUUUAACUGAUGUUGAAAUUUUUAGGCAACAACUUCUCCAUGUUCUUAGCCAUGCUGUUGCCAGAGAAAACGAGGAGGAACCUUAAGCCAAGGAGCUGCCUACUCUGGGUUAUUAUUGGUUUGUUCAUGUGUCUGUCAGGGAGCACUUGAGCUGGACUAGUUAAUAGAAUAAAGUCUGGUUCAUAAAACAAGUUGCCAUGUCUAAGUGGUUCAGAAUUGUAAAUUUAUUCAAACUAAAAUCCCAUGUAAUGUUGGUAAAGAGAAAGUGGUAUUAGGUUUAAAGUAGCCCUUCUAUUAACUACAAAUGAUUUUAGCUACUUUCUGGUUUGGCCUUUUUGGUUAAGUUGUCACAGCUGACCUGCUUGCACUUCACACUCCUCUCUAUAGCAGAGGUCUCCCUCCCCUGAUUAUUGAACUGUUCACCUCACCUCCUGUCUGGACACACACACACACACACACAUACACACACACACAGACAGACUUGUCUUCUUGAACAGAAAUGGCAUGACACCACUGCAUAAUCUUCAAAACUACUCUUACUAUGAAUCCUCCUGCUUCUUAAGUUUGGAGCUUUUCACAUGUCCAAUUCAUUACAUGCUUAACGUAGAGGUAAAUAAGGUCUAGAAUCACAUAUUCUGGUCCCAUCCAGGGUGUUUUCCUGAGGCUCCAGAUCCCCCAUGACCCUGAUAAAGUGCUAACUGAAAAUGAAUGAAUUAAUGAUUUGGUGAUUAGAAUGUGAGGGGUCAGUCCCAGUAUAUUGAACGAUCACUCAGCACUGUAAACACAAGAACACAAAGGAGCAACAUUUCCUGUAGUUCAGAAAUGUGAAAGAUUUUUUUUUCCCAAUUUUAACUGCAUAAAUGUUUGUGUUUUCUAGGUAUGUAAGUAAUUCCAGCAGAAGAGAUUUGUGUUUUCAGGACUCAGCUGUGUAUCCAUGAGCUGUCAGUGCAUACACUAAUAUUCAAAAAUGGAGACCCCUGAGUUGGACACAGAUAAUGUGACCCCGCCCUCAAAAAAGCAAAAACUCCAGAGAAAGAGAUCAGACUCAUCAGCACCCAGCUGUGUCUCCAUGAAGAGUGAUGUGUCUAUGGAUCUUCCUCGGAACUUUAAACAUGGAAACCCCUCAUGUGCACACAGUGUUCUACAGAAGUCAGGAGACAGAAGAGAAAAGAACAUCAUCACAGCUACAGGACACGACCUAGAAUCUGCUGCUGUAAAUGAAUUCCAGAAAAAGUGCAAAUUAAAUCUGAUGAAGAAAUUUCAGUGCUUAAAUGGAGUGAUAAUAAACCAGGAAACCCGAACACUCCUGAAUGAGAUCUACACAGAGCUCUAUAUCACAGAGGGAGGCUGUGGAGACGUCAAUAAAGAACAUGAAGUGAGACGGCUCGAGGCAGCAUCCAGGAGAACAACAGAGGAAACACCAAUCAAAUGCAAUGACAUCUUUAAGACCUUAUCUGAACAAGACAAACCCAUCAGAACUGUGCUGACGAAGGGAGUCGCUGGCAUCGGAAAAACAGUUUCUGUCCAGAAGUUCGUUCUGGACUGGGCUGAAGGGAAAGCAAAUCAGGACGUCCACCUCAUAUUUCCACUUCCUUUCAGAGAGCUGAAUUUGAUGAAGGACCAAAAUCUGAGUCUGAUGGAUCUCCUUCAUGUCUGUUUUAAGGAAACAAAUGAAAAAGAAAUGUCCAGUUUGGAAAAGGUUCUGUUCAUUUUUGAUGGAUUGGACGAGUGUCGUUUUUCUCUGGAUUUCCAGAACACAGUGAGAGUGUGUGAUGUAAAUGAAUCAGCAUCUUUGCAUGUGCUGCUGAUAAACCUGAUCAAAGGGAAUCUACUUCCCUCUGCUCUCAUCUGGAUCACUUGCCGACCAGCAGCAGCUGAUCAAAUCCCCUCUGAGUAUGUCCAUCGAGUCACAGAGAUACGAGGAUUCAGUGACCCACAGAAGGAGGAGUACUUGAGCAAGAGAACCAGUGAUCAGAGCGUGGCCAAUAAGAUCAUCACACACCUGAAGUCAUUAAGAAGCCUCUACAUCAUGUGUCAUAUCCCAGUCUUCUGCUGUAUUUCAGCCACCGUUCUAGAGAGAAUGUUGGGUGAAGCAGAGAGUGGAGAGAUCCCCAAGACUCUGACUCAAAUGUACACACACUUCCUUAUCAUUCAGACAAAAAUCAUAAGAGGAAAGUACUCAAAGAAGCAGGAGAGUGAUGAAGAAAUGCUUCUCAAACUGGGACACCUGGCUUUUCAGCAGCUGCAGAAAGGCAACCUGAUCUUUUAUGAGGAAGACCUGAGAGAGUGUGGCAUUGAUGUGACAGAAGCAGCAGUGUACUCAGGUGUGUGUACGCAGAUCUUCAGAGAGGAGUUUGUCUUUCACCAGAGUAAAGUGUAUUGCUUUGUUCAUCUGAGCAUUCAGGAGCAUCUUGCAGCUCUGUAUGUGCACCUGACAUUCAUGAAGGAAAAGAGAAAUGUUCUUGUACAGAGUCGGGUCUUUAAGACAAUUUCAGAUGUCCACAAGAGUGCUGUAGAUCAGGCCUUAGAAACUAAAACUGGAUAUCUGGAUCUUUUCCUCCGCUUUCUUCUGGGUCUCUCGCUGGAGUCCAAUCAGAAACUGUUACAUGCCUUAGUAACACAGACAGGAAGUUGCUCCCAGACAGUAAAGAGGAAAACAGUACACUACAUCAAAGAGAAGAUCAGUGGAGAUCUUCCUAUAGAGAAAUCCAUCAAUCUUUUCCACUGUCUGAAUGAACUGGGUGAUAAUUCUCUAGUGAAACAAAUCCAAUGCUACUUGAAAUCUGGAAAGCAAAGUGAACUCUCUUCUUCACAGUGGUCUGCUCUGGUGUUUGUCUUACUGACUUCAGCACAGGAGCUGGAGGAAUUUGACCUGAGUAAAUAUAUCACUACAGAUAAAAUAAGAGAUGAGGUUGUUGUGAAGGUGAUGCCUGUGAUUGCAGCAUCAAGGAAAGCAAUUAUGAGGUGUGAUACAAUUCAAGAAAGAAGUUGGUCAGCUCUGGCCUCAGUGCUCAACUCAGAAACCUCCAAUCUGAGAGAACUGCAUCUGACUGUGACUACACUGGAUCUGUCUGGGAAUAAACUAGGUGACUCAGGAGUGAAGAGUCUCUCUGCUCUACUGAAGAAUCCUCACUGUAAAGUGAAAAAACUUUGGUUGUGUUAUUGUGAUGUGUCAAAUGAAGGCUGUGCUGCUCCGACAUCAGCUCUGAGAUCAAACCCCUCACACCUGAGAGAACUGUAUCUGUCUGGGAAUAAUCUAGGAGACUCAGGAGUGAAGUGUCUCUCUGCUCUACUGGAGAAUCCUCACUGUAAACUGGAGACACUGAGGUUGUGUAAUUGUGAUCUCUCAGAUGAAGGCUGUGCUGCUCUGACUUCAGCUCUGAGAUCAAACCCUUCACACCUGAUAGAGCUGUAUCUGUCUGGGAGUAAACUAGGAGACUCAGGAGUGAAGUGUCUCUCUGCUGGACUGGAGAAUCCUGACUGUAAUCUGGAGAUACUGAGGUUGUGUUAUUGUGGUGUAAGAGGCGAAGGUUGUGCAGCUCUGGCUUCAGCUCUGAAAUCAAACCCCUCUCACCUGAGAGAACUGGAUCUGUAUGGGAAUAAUGUAGGAGACUCAGGAGUGAAGUGUCUCUCUGCUGGACUGGAGAAUCCUCACUGUAUACUGGGGACACUGAGGUUGUGUGAUUGUGGUGUCUUACAUGAAGGCUGUGCUGCUCUGACUUCAGCUCUGAGAUCAAACCCCUCACACCUGAGGGAACUGGAUCUGUCUGGGAAUAAAUUAGGAGACUCAGGAGUGAAGUGUGUCUCUGCAGUACUGGAGAAUCCUCAUAAACUGGAGAUACUGGGGUUGCGUUAUUGUGGUGUCUCAGAUGAAGGCUGUGCUUUUCUGACUUCAGCGCUGACAUCAAACCCCUCACACCUGAGAGUACUGGAUCUGUCUGGGAAUAAUCUGGGAGACUCAGGAGUGAAGUGUCUCUCUGAUGUACAGGAGAAUCUUCACUAUAAACUGGAGACACUGAGGUUGUGCGAUUCUGGUGUCUCAGAUGAAGGCUGUGCUGCUCUGACUUCAGCUCUGAGAUCAAACCCCUCACACCUGAGAGAACUGGAUCUGUCUGGGAACAAUCUAGGAGACUCAGGAGUGAAGUGUGUCUCUGCUGUACUGGAGAAUCCUCACUGUAAACUGGAGACACUGAGGUUGCGUUAUUGUGGUGUCUCAGAUGAAGGCUGUGCUGCUCUGGCUUCAGCUCUGAGAACAAACCCCUCACACCUGAGAGACCUGGAUCUGUAUGGGAAUAAAAUAGGAGACUCAGGAGUGAAGUGUCUCUCUGCUCUGAAGAAUGAUGAAUAUUACAAACUACAGACACUGAGAUUUGAUUAGACUACACACAAUUAUACACUGAGUGUAGAAUGACCUGUGAUCCCUGGACAAAAUUUCCUCAAUCCCAGAGAAAACCUGAGGGAAUAAUUUGGAAGAGCAGGUGAAAAACCACACGAAUUGGAACUGAACCCAGUCAGUGGAAGAUGGAGCUGAAAUGGACAGGAGUAGUUUCAAGACAUUGGUGGGAUUCUCACAGGACUUGGCAUCUGAGGAGUUUAUGUGAGGAAGCUCCUAGGAGACUCGCUACAAGUCACGUUUAUCACUUUGUCCUUUGGCCGGUGUUUAAUAUAAUUGAGAUCUUUUGUUACAGGAUCAGACCUAUGUUCUUUAUUUUCUCUGAUAUCUGAUCCCUGUUUUUUGAUGGUAUCAGCUGAUCAUACCCGAUAUGGGAUCAGUGCCAUCUCUAGUACUUAAGUAUACACUACUUGUAAUAUUUUGCACAAUUGUAUCAAAUACAUUUUGAAGAAAUAAAUAUAUAAACACAGUGUAAUUAUUUUUGUUGUAUAAAAGUAGUUUAUGUAUUUAUCAUUAAUUUUGUAGCAAUAAAAUUAAUUUCUGUAACAGUUAUUAAAAAUAAAUUUGUCUAACAAAAGAUAUAUGAGCUUAUUUGGGUGAUAUAAUUUCGUUAUUUCUUGGUAUUUCAGUUGUAAGAGAUUGGGAGAGAAACACACACACACACACACACACAACAGUUUUUGCAAAAGCAAUAACAAAAGCUUUUUUUUAUUUAAAAAAUAAUAAUAAUAAAGUCCACCCUAGUGAAAAAAAGUAUAAAUUAUUGUAUUUGUAAUAUAUUUCCUGUUUCAAUAGUACAUUGCAAAUAUACUAACAAAAAAUUGUACUAACUUUAAAUAUAUAAAAAGUGUAUUACCACCAUGCUUUUACCUAUUUUUACCAACUUUUAACACACUUUAAAAUAAUUGUAAUUUAGUAUAUUUUCUAAAAAUAUAUUUUACAAAAAUAUACUUGAAUUGAAAGUUUUGUUUAUUUUUUUAAAAGUGUAUUUAUUUGCACUUUAUGUAAAUAUAUUUUAGUAUUAUUUUUAACUGUGUGCUGAAAAUGACCAUUGUAACAAUGCAUUGAAAGUAUACUUUCAAAGUACAUUAUUAAAUAACCUGAAGGUGUAGUAUACUUUAAGUUCAAUUUUGGAGUAAUUUUUAAGUGGACUUCUUCAAGCUUGCAAUUCACUUCAUUACUGCUUUCAGAAAGUAAUAAAACAUAUGAUAAAUGCGUUGAAAGCCCAUUUAAAACAUUUUUAAAUAAAGUGUAUGCACUGCACAAAAGGCUACUCUUGUAAUUGUGAUUUAAGUAUUUUAAUAAAUUUAUACAAUGUCACAGAGAGGUCCAAUGUAUAAA